AUGGACCAACACAUUGUUUUUCGAAUUGUCACAAUUGGAUGUAUUCUAUUUAUCAAUUGUCAUGAAUGUUAUGACUACAAUUAUAAUCAGGAUUGCCAACCAGUACCAAAAGGUUACUACUGGCGAGAUUACACCGGAAAAAUACCUGAAGACGCAUUUCCGGGUGGACAUGAUUCAAAGGGUAAUCCCACCUACAUUGGUCAAGCAUACUUAACAGGCGCAGGCAUAAUACCAACAAAUGUUUACCGGGGUCAAUCCGCAAUGUACCUACCCGCUGGUUGGGAAGCGAAUUACUCUGAUUUUGCCAUGAAAAUACUUUGUACUUCAAACCCCAAGUCUCUUUCUUGGAUAAACGUUACUCCUUCGGAUCUGCAUUCGGUUACAGCUGGCAAAGAACUAGUCAUUGGUGGUUACCAUCCCCAUAAUGGAGGUAAAACGCUGCUCAACGUUGGACGAGUGCGGCACGAAGGAGAACUAAUCGUGGGAAAAAUUCACGGGAUACCGGGCAAAGCAGACAUGUUCUUUGUUGGUGGCGGUAAGGAAAUUCAGUCUGAAUCGUUUCAAGUUUUGGUGCUAAAUCCAUGCAACUGAAUUUUA